CGAGAACCCACGGGGUCUGGAUUCUGGGGAGUUGCGAAGGGAAGUCCCAGCUCAAGGGCGGGGGUUGGAGGGCGGAAGACGGCUGGGACGUGCUGUCAGUGCCCAUGGACACUGUACUUCCUGGUGAAGCCUCCAUGGAGCGGCUCCUGGCCCAGCUGUGUGGCACCGGCGUGUUGCAGCCACUUCCGGUGUGGGAGGGGGACACCACGGGCCACUGCUUCACCCAGCUGGUACUCAGCGCCCUGCCCCACGCGCUCCUCGCCGUGCUCAGCGCCUGUUAUUGGGGAACCCCUAGGAGUCCAGAUUACAACCUACCAUGCAGUCCCGGCUGGCGCCUCCGACUCACAGCCUCCUUCCUGCUCUCCAUCGUUCCACUGUUAGACCUCCUUCCAGCUGCUCUGCCACCAGAGGCAGGCCCAGGGCCCUUAGGGCUAGAGGUGCUGGCAGGGGGCGUGGCAGCGGUGGCCUGGAUCAGCCACAGCCUGGCUCUGUGGGCAUUGGCUCAUUCCCCUCAAGGCCACUCCCGAGGGCCCUUGGCCUUGGCUCUGGCUGCCUUCCUGCCAGCCCCAGCCCUAGUGCUCACCCUGCUGUGGCACUGCCAGCGAGGCACACUUCUGCCCCCACUCCUCCCAGGGCCUCUCUCCCGCCUCUGCCUUCUCAUCCUGCAGCUGGCUUCCCUCGUGGCCUAUGGACUAGGCUGGGCAGUCCCUGGGCUGCCGCAGGUACGCUGGGAGCCCCUCCUGCCAGAGGGACAGGAACCGGAGAUAGCCGAAGAUGGAGAGAGCUGGCUGUCACGCUUUUCCUAUGCCUGGCUGACACCCUUGCUGGCCCGUGGGGCCCGUGGACAUCUCCAGCAGCCCCAAGACAUUUGCCGCCUUCCCUACAGGCUGCACCCAGCCUACCUGGCCCGUGUCUUCCAGGCACACUGGCAGGAGAGGGCCCAGCUGUGGAGGGCCUUGUACAGAGCCUUUGGGCGGUGCUACUUGGCACUCGGACUGUUGAAGCUGGUGGGGACCAUGCUGGGAUUCUCGGGGCCCCUGCUGUUGUCCCUCCUGGUGGGAUUCCUGGAGGAGGGGCAGGAGCCUCUGAGCAAUGGCCUGCUCUAUGCCUUGGGGCUAGCCGCCGGGGCUGUGCUGGGCGCUGUGCUGGGGAAUCAGUAUGGGUAUGAGCUACGGAAGGUGACGCUGCAGGCACGGGGGGCCGUGUUGAACCUCCUGUACCGCAAGGCCUCACAGCUGGGGCCCAGCCGUCCUCCUGUUGGGGAGGCCCUGAACCUCCUAGGCACUGACUCUGAGCGGUUGCUUAACUUUGCCGGGAGUUUCCACGAGGCUUGGGGCCUGCCCCUGCAGCUGGCCAUCACCCUCUACCUGCUGCACCUGCAGGUGGGUGUGGCCUUCGUGGGUGGUUUGAUCCUGGCAGUGCUGCUGGUUCCUGUCAACAAAGUGAUCGCCACUCGCAUCAUGACCAGCAACCAGGAGAUGCUACAGCACAAGGACACGCGGGUUAAGCUCAUAACGGAGCUGCUGAGUGGCAUGCGGGUCAUCAAGUUCUUCGGCUGGGAGCAGGUGCUGGAGGCCCGAGUAGAGGCCUGGCGGGCUCAAGAGCUGGGGCGACUCCGGGUCAUCAAAUACCUGGACGCAGCCUGUGUGUACCUGUGGGCUGCCCUGCCGGUUGUCAUCUCCAUCGUCAUCUUCAUCACUUAUGUCCUCCUGGGGAACCAGCUCACUGCCACCAAGGUAUUCACGGCCCUGGCACUGGUACGCAUGCUCAUUCUUCCUCUCAACAACUUCCCUUGGGUGAUCAAUGGCCUCCUGGAGGCCAAAGUGUCCUUGGACCGGAUCCAGCGUUUCCUCGACCUCCCCAACCACAACCCCAAGGUCUACUACAGCCAAGAUCCCCCCACAGAGCCAUCUACAGUAUUGGAGCUGCAUGAAGCCCUGUUCUCUUGGGACCCAGUUGGAGCCGGCCAGGAGACCUUCAUCGGGCACCUUGAAGUGAAGAAGGGUCUCCUGGUGGGCGUCGUGGGGAAGGUGGGCUGCGGAAAGAGCUCCCUGCUGGCCGCUAUCGCUGGCGAGCUCCACAGGCUACGUGGACGCGUGGCAUUGUGGGACCUGUCCAAAGGCUUUGGCCUGGCCUCCCAGGAACCCUGGGUCCAGUUUGCCACCAUCCGAGACAACAUUCUCUUUGGGAAGGCAUUUGAUGCCCAGCUGUACCAGGAAGUGCUGGAGGCCUGCGCCCUCAAUGACGACCUCAGUAUCCUUCCUGCUGGAGACCUGACAGAGGUGGGGGAGAAGGGUGUGACCCUCAGCGGGGGACAGCGGGCCCGGAUUGCCCUUGCUCGUGCUGUCUAUCAGGAAAAGGAGCUCUACCUCCUCGAUGACCCUCUGGCGGCUGUGGACGCAGACGUGGCCAACCACCUGCUGCACAGGUGCAUCCUGGGGGUGCUGAGCCACACCACGCGGCUGCUCUGCACCCACCGCACCGAGUACCUGGAGAAGGCUGACCUGGUGCUGCUGCUGGAGGCCGGGCGCCUGGUCCAGGCGGGGCCUCCCUCUGAGAUCCUGCCAUUUGUACAAGCUGCCCCCAAAGUCUGGGCUGAGGAUGGUCGCGAGUCUGACUCAGCCACAGCACAGUCAGUACGGAGCCCAGAGAAAACAAAGGAGGGACUGGAGGUGGAGGAGAGCGCGUCUGGCCGCCUGCUGCAGGAAGAAAGCAAGAAGGAGGGCGCUGUGGCCUUCCAUGUGUACCGAGCCUACUGGAGGGCCAUCGGCCUGGGCCUGGCCCUGGCCAUCCUGGCCUCGCUGCUCCUCAUGCAAGCCACAAGGAACGCUGCUGACUGGUGGCUCUCCCACUGGAUCUCUCAGCUGAAGGCAGACAAGAAUAGCUCCCAGGAGGUGUCAGUCCAGACCACCCCGGACUCUGCUGGGCUCCUCUCUGCCCAGCUGCUCCUCUUUUCCCCCAGAAGCUUCUACACCUCAGCGUUCCUCCUGCCCAAAGCGGCCCCCAAUGGCUCCUCCGACAUCCGUUUCUACCUCACCGUGUAUGCGAGCAUUGCUGGAGUCAACUCCUUCUGCACCCUCCUGCGGGCAGUGCUCUUUGCAGCAGGCACCCUCCGGGCAGCCGCCAUCCUGCAUCGCCGCCUGCUGUGUCGAAUCCUUAUGGCACCCAUCACGUUCUUCGACGCCACGCCCAUGGGCCGGGUCCUAAACCGCUUCUCCUCCGAUGUGGCCUGCGUGGACGACAGCCUGCCCUUCAUCCUCAACAUCCUCCUGGCCAACGCGGCAGGCCUGCUGGGCCUCCUGGCGGUGCUGGGCUCCGGCCUGCCCUGGCUGCUGCUGCUGCUGCCGCCUCUGAGCCUCAUCUACUACCGCGUGCAGCGCCACUACCGGGCUUCCUCGCGGGAGCUGCGGCGCCUGGGCAGCCUCACCCUGUCCCCGCUCUACACCCACCUGGCCGACACCCUGGCCGGCCUCCCCGUGCUCCGGGCCUGCGGGGCCACUGGCAGGUUCGAGGAGAAGAACCAGAGGCUCCUGGAGCUAAACCAGAGGUGCCAGUUUGCCUCCAGCGCCACAAUGCAGUGGCUGGACAUUCGGCUCCAGCUCAUGGGGGCCGCCGUGGUCAGCGCCAUCGCAGGCAUCGCCCUGAUACAGCACCAGCAGGGCCUCGCCAACCCAGGACUGGUGGGCCUGUCUCUGUCGUAUGCCCUGUCCCUGACGGGGCUACUCUCGGGCCUGGUGAGCAGCUUCACGCAGACAGAAACCAUGCUGGUGAGCGUCGAGCGGCUGGAGGAGUACUCCUGCGACCUGCCCCAGGAGCCCCAGGGCCAGCCGAGGCAGCUAGGCACUGGCUGGCUGACGCAGGGGAGCGUGGAGUUCCAGGACGUGGUGUUGGUGUACCGGCCGGGGCUGCCGAAUGCCCUGGACGGGGUGACCUUCCGCGUGCAGCCCGGAGAGAAGCUGGGCAUCGUGGGCCGCACGGGCUCCGGAAAGUCGUCCCUGCUGUCCGUGCUCUUCCGGCUGCUGGAGCCCAGCUCGGGGCGCGUGCUCCUGGACGGAGUGGACACCCGCCAGCUGGCGCUGGCCGAGCUCAGGUCCCAGCUGGCUAUCAUCCCCCAGGAACCCUUUCUGUUCAGUGGGAGUGUUCGGGAGAACCUGGACCCCCGGGGCCUGCAUGAGGACAGGGCCCUGUGGCAGGCUCUGGAGCAGUGCCACCUGAGUGAGGUGAUCGCGUCCAUGGGUGGUCUGGAUGGUGAGCUGGGCGAGGGGGGCCGGAGCUUAUCACUGGGGCAGAGGCAGCUGCUGUGUCUGGCCAGGGCUCUCCUCACAGAUGCCAAGAUCCUGUGCAUUGAUGAGGCCACGGCAAGUGUGGACCAGAAAACAGACCAGCUGCUCCAGCAGACCAUCUGCAAACGCUUCGCCCACAAGACAGUGCUAACCAUUGCCCACAGGCUCAACACCAUCAUGAACUCUGACCGGGUGCUGGUGCUGCAAGCUGGGAGGGUCGUGGAGCUGGACUCCCCUGCCGCCCUGCGCAACCAGCCUCACUCCCUGUUCCAGCAGCUGCUGCAGAGCAGCCAGCAGGGAGCCCACUCCUCCCCCUGAGCGCCCCCCCCCCCUGUCACCCCUAUCUUACCCUCUGCUGGGUGGCUGCAGAGCUGUUUGUUUACAUUCGCCUCCAUGGCUCUACCUCACUGGCACUUCCUUGGGGAGGGGGGAGGUGUCAUGGGUUCCUCUCUAAGAACCAGGCUGAAGGCAAAGUCCCAAGGUUUCCCCAGAAACAGGCCUCUGCUCAGCCCUCUUCAGUGACGCCAGGCAGUUUUUUCUGGAAAAGGAGUCCACGUACAAUGCCAUAGUUUUAUUGAAUAAGAUUCCCAUCUUACAUUCUGUGUAUUAAAAAAAUAAUAUUUCUUGUGUGAAGCUGCUGA